AUGCUGAGAACAGCCACACGCCAUGCUUUGCGCCAAGCUUCUCUGCGUACGCUUCCCCGCGUUGCACAGCGGACCAUUUCUUCUUUGAAUAACUUCACCGAGGACGAGCAGAUGUUCCGGGAGGCUGUCUCCAAGUUCGCCAAUGAGGUUGUUGCGCCCAAAGUACGCGAAAUGGACGAGAACGAGAACAUGGAUAAGGAAGUUAUCGAUGCCAUGUUCGAGAACGGCCUUAUGGGUAUCGAGACACCUGAGGAGCUGGGCGGCGCUGGUGCUUCUUUCACCUCCGCCAUUCUGGUUGUUGAGGAGCUCGCGAAGGUUGAUCCUUCUGUCUCCGUUAUGAAUGACGUUCACAACACCCUCGUCAACACAUGCAUCCGCACAUGGGGCUCCAAGGAUCUGAAGGAGCGGUACCUGCCCGGCAUGGCGGAGAACCGUUUGGGCUCGUUUGCUCUCUCUGAGGCAGGCUCGGGGUCCGAUGCCUUCGCUUUGAAGACUCGUGCUGAGCCUAAGGGUGACGGUUACGUUCUCAAUGGCUCCAAAAUGUGGAUCACCAACUCUUAUGAGGCUGAUGUGUUCAUUGUUUUUGCUACCGUUGAUCCCUCCAAGGGGUACAAGGGUAUUACUGCCUUUGUCGUUGACAAGGACAUGGGUAUCAAGAUUGCCAAGAAAGAGAAGAAGCUGGGUAUCCGCGCCUCUUCUACCUGCGUCAUCAACCUCGACGAUGUCUACGUCCCUAAGGAGAACGUUUUGGGCGAGGUCGGUAAGGGCUACAAGAUCGCUAUCGAGUGCUUGAACGAGGGCCGUAUCGGCAUUGGUGCUCAGAUGCUUGGUCUUGCAGAGGGUGCCUUCACGAAGGCCACCAACUACUGCUUCCACGACCGCAAGCAGUUUGGCCAGUACAUUGGCGAAUUCCAGGGCAUGCAGUUCCAAUUCGGUCAGAUUGCCACUGAGAUCGAGGCUGCUCGUUUGCUGCUCUACAAUGCCGCCCGUUUGAAGGAGGAGGGCCACAACUUCACUAAGGAGGCUGCUAUGGCUAAGCUCUACUGCUCCCAGAUCGCUCAGAAGUCUGCCUCUGCUGCCGUCGACUGGAUGGGCGGUGUGGGCUUCACCCGCGAGGAGACUCUCGAGAAGUUCUACCGUGAUUCUAAGAUCGGUACUAUCUAUGAGGGUACUUCCAACAUCCAAUUGCAAACCAUUGCCAAGUUGAUCCAAAAGGGCCACUAA